GAGUCUUCACUGUAGCUAUUUACGCGCAUCAUCAAUCGCUCAUUCCGUGGUACUGUAAGAAGUCUGAGCAGAUCUGUUCUUUUAUCAAGCACAACUGAGGCUUGCUGACAGUUUUCCGCACACUCACACACACACACACACACCAAACUGUAAUUGCAGUGACUGCCUGGAGGCGUCGGUAGCUUCUCUUUCUCAUAGACACUCACAGGGUAACAUUUAUAAGACAAAAGAGCGAAGAUACGCAUCGCGCAUCAUUCUAGCGGACCGGAUUGAACACCUGGACUUUGCGUGGCUCCAACCGAACCAAAUCUGAAGGUUUGGAUAAGAAGAGAAGGGAUAAACGGACAAACAAAGCAACAGGAGGUGCUUACAAACAAAGUGCAACUGGAUAUUGAGCUGGAGACGCGCUGGCUGGAUUGUGGAAACCGAGCUUCGCCCUAUCCAUGGUGCUGAAAUGAUCUGAUCUAUCACCGAACCCACGAGGCAGAGUUCGGAACGGGAACACAACAGCUCAUCAUCUAGACAGGUGUGUCUUUUGUACAGAGCAGCGAAGUUCUUUUUAGAUCGUAAGAUGCUGGACAUUCUUUGUGGACGGCGGAGGUUCGGGGCGUCAGUUCGUACAUUGCCAUGCUCGUUCUGGUUUGUGCUGCUUUUUGCAGUAGGGGGAGUUGUUCUCUUCAUACACCUGCAAGAUAUCGCCGACAUCAUGCAACAGCAGGCUCCAGAAGAAGGUCUUAAGGAUUCGGGACAACAUAAGGGUAUGAAGUUCAGCGGCACCACUCCAUCAAAAGAGUAUACCCAGUUCAGUGAGAAGGUGACCAGCGUCUCCGCUAGUCAUGGCAAAGUUACCCAGCGGUCUGCGCAGGGCGAUGUCAGCCCCAUCUCACCAAUGCAGUUGCCACAUUCUCUGGGGCCCCAGCAGACUGCCACCUCAAGGGCCCGAGAGCCUGCCCUAAGCUCUCCAUCAGUCACCAAACUACAGCGAAAGCUUUUAAAGACCAGCCCGGAGUCACGAGCACUGACAAACUCUUCGAGCUCCUUUUCCUCCACUUCAAUGCUAUCUACCGAUUCAUCGUCAGAUUCACCACCAAAGUUUGUCUCAAUGCCGGAGAGUCUGGCGGACAUUCAGGAAUCUCGUCGACGGCUAAUACGGGAGGUUUGUGCGAAGUAUCGGAGUAAUAUAUCUCGAACGAUAAUGCCCCACCACGUGGCCCGGAUUUAUGUCGAAGACAGACAUAAACUGCUCUACUGUGAGGUGCCCAAAGCUGGGUGCUCAAACUGGAAGAGAGUUCUGAUGGUGCUUGCUGGUGUCGCCAACUCCACAAGUGGAAUCGAUAACGGCUUUGUUCACAACAGCAAUCAAUUGAAACGCCUCGACUACUUUGACCGGAAGGGCAUCACCGAACGUCUGAAAACAUACACCAAAAUCUUGUUUAUCAGAGAGCCCCUGGAACGGCUGGUAUCUGCAUACAGGGAUAAAUUUGAGAGCCCGAAUGUCUACUAUCAUCCCGUGUUCGGGAAGCACAUCAUCGCCAGAUAUAGGGUGAACGCAUCAAAGGAGGCUUUGAAGACGGGAAGCGGUGUCACCUUUCAGGAGUUCAUUAAAUACUUGUUGGACGUUCACCGGCCCGUGGGAAUGGACAUCCACUGGGAGCCGGCAAAUCAGCUCUGCAAUCCCUGCCACGUGGAAUAUGACUUCAUCGGAAAAGCCGACACUAUGGGAGAAGACGCCAACUUGUUCUUGCGAAGUAUUGGAGCCCCGGCAGACCUGGAGUACCCUACACUUAAGGAUGGGAACCCGAAAGCAGCCAGAACUUCUGUUGAGAUUAUGCAGCAGUAUUUUGCAAACCUGACCGUAUCUGAGAGGCAAAGGGCGUACGAUUUCUACUACAUGGAUUACCUAAUGUUUAAUUACUCAAAACCCUACAAAGAUUUGUACUGAAGUUGUUUCUUUCUGCAUCUGUUGGCUACCUGUGCAGUGCGCCACCCAUUGUCCAAUCAAUGCUAAAAUCUGUUCAGAGACUAAUUAGACUAAUUCUCCCAUUGAGGUGUGUUAAUUUUCCACAAUUCCACAGUCUUGUCAUCUUUGUACGCACCACACAAGAAACACAGUGCAAACAGUCAUUUUUUUAAUCAGUAUUUUUGUUUGAUUUUUGUUGGAAAAUAUCUAAACAUCCAAGAUACAUUUACUUAAGAAACAAAAUGAUGAUGUGAUAUUAAGGCUUGUUAAACUAUCUGUUGUACGUUUUAUGCUUAAAAUAAUAAUAAGAAAAAAUUAGGUAGUGUGGUGAGAAAAAUAAACUUAUGGUACAUUCACGUCAUGUAACAAUUAUCAUAUUUACAAGAUUCCGACUUCAAAAAACUCGUAAUUACAAGUUGUAAACUUGGAAUUCUAAAAAAGCUCCGACUUGACUGUUGUGGUGUCAAGUAAAAGGAAUCAAUAUGGCACCUGCCUUAACAGUUACAGGUAUUGAACACAUCUUUCAUAUACCAUUGUAUUAUAGUCAGUGUUAACUGGUGAGCUUUCUUUAAUCUUAAACAUUUUGCCAGAAAAUAUAGAGUUAAAUUAAUGUAGUGAUUAAAUAUUCUGCUGUUAUCAACAACAAAACCUUACAAAGAUCAGUACUGGGCCUGGCGUUAGAAGCGUUGCAAUAAGCCUCUUUUCCACAAUUGGGUCGAACAAUGCUCAUCGCAAAACCGUACUGUUCCUUGCCGAUCCGGGCCAGUUGGCACGGUUACAGUUUCUUUUUCCACUGUGGUGUGGUGAAAUCAGGAGAAUGUCCUUAACAGAUCCGUCUGUUGGCGAUGGCGUGAGAGGCAAACAUUGGAGCGAGUGCAGCGCGCUAUGGAGGAUGAUUGAAUAUUCCAGUUUUUAGGACUGCUUUUUCCUUGGUUUCACUCUCCUUACAAACAGCAAAGACACGGACCAUGAGAAAAAGGCGAGAGGUUUACCAUCAUUUGCCGAGGGCUUGUGUUUGCCGCUGGAAACAAACAUGCAGAAAGGUAAAAGUUUCCAGAUUAUAGCUAAAAAGUAUAUUUAUUGGCAAAAUGUUCAAUAAGUAUUAUGUGAAAAUAGUAUAUAAGAAUAUAUUGAUGGGUUUGUAGUUUAAAUGAGCUAGUAAUCUACUUCCCUGAUGAAAAAGGCAUGUAGAAAAAUAAAUGUAGGCUACGAUAUUUGUUAAACCAUCAUAAAAAAAUCAUGAAGAUACACUAAACGAGUCGCCACAUACUAAAGCCAUUCUACCAGCACAGUUGAGAGUGCUUGUGUAAGGUUAGCUAACCGUGUCGAGAAUUCCGGGCUGAGAACGGUUUAUAAUCAUGCUAUGCCGAACCGUGCUCAGGUGGAAAUGCUACUGUAACCGUUCCGUACCGUGCUCAGAAACGUUCGGCCCAAUGGUGGAAAAGUGACUACAGAAACAAAUAAUUUCUCAGUCCGAGGACAUGAACAGCUUUGAGUAGAAUCUCAGAUUUCUUAUGUUGUCAUUGCAGUAAUUAAUGCUGUGUAAACGUUGAGUCAGAAUUACUGUAAUUACGAGCUGGUAACAUCGGCCAAACAGUUCUCCUCACAAAACCAUACCGUUCCGUGCCGAUUCAGGCCAGUUGGCACGGUUACACUUUCUUUUUCCACUGUGGUGCUGUGAAAUCACUAGAAUGUCCGUAACAGAUCCGCAUGACAGGUAAAUAUUGGAGCGAGUGCGCUAUUGAGAAUGAUCGCAUUUUCCAGUUUUUAGGACUGCUUUUUUCCUUGGUUUUACUCUGCUAAUACACAGGAAAGGCACGGCCCAUGUCGCAAAAAGGAAAGCAAAGAGAAAAAGGCGAGAGGUUUAUCGUCAUUCGCUGAGGGCUUGUGUUUACCACCGGACAUGAACAUACAAAGGUAAAAGUUCCCAGACUAGCUAAAAAGGACAUUUAUUGACAAAUUAGAAUAGAAAUAUUAUAUGAAAAUAGUAUAUGAGAAUAUAUUGUGAUACAUUUUGAGUUUAAAUGAGCUAUUAAUCUACUUUCCUGACGAAAAAGGUGUGUAGAAUAAUAAAUGUAGGCUACAGAACUAGUUAAACCAUCAUCAAAAAUCAUUUAAUAAAGAAAUCACAUCGUACCAGGAGACUCUGAGAAGUGGUGGUAUGCAAGAAAUACUGCCGGUACUCUGUUGAAUAAAUUAGAGGAGUGCAGGUACUCCGUACCGGUGAGUACCCGCCCAAUUCAAGCACUGAGGUUAGCUAACCGUGCCGAGAAUUCCAGGCCUAGAAUGGUUUAUAAUUGUGCCAUUCCAAACCGUGCUCACAUGAAAAUGCUACUGUAACCGUUCUGAGCAAGGUACGGCCCGAUGGUGGAAGAGCAAGAUUCUACUCGGAACAGUUUAUGUCACCGGAACUCUGAAGUUAUUUGUUUCCAUGGAAACACUCAUAAUGCCAAAAUGGCUUUGUUGUUGAUAACAGCAAAAUAUUUAAUCACUACAUUAAUUCACCAUCUAGCUACACUUUCCGUGAGCAACUGGGUGGUGCCAUGAUUAGUCUAAUUGCCUGUUUUCUGUUUCUGGUCUCAAGAAGCAAUGUAAAAACAACCAAAACAAGCUAUUUAGAUGAAGGACAAAAACCAUUUAAAUGUUAGUUGGAGUAAAAAUGUAUUUCUGGCUUAACUUGUGCAGUUGCUAGCUGUCAAAAAGUUGUUAAUGAUAUCAACAUACUUUGCAAGUCAGAAUCUCUUAAUUACGGUAAUUCCGACAUGACGUGAACAAAACAUAUUUCAAAGGAUGCAGGAUGUGGAGUGGGAUUUUGGACCAAUGAAAUUUCACUGUGGGUGGGGCUACCCAGUGCAAUGCCACUGAAAUAGAAACCAAGCAACCAACAAAAUGUCUUGCCGUUUCUCACGCCUCGGAUUUACAUUGAAGUGGCAUUCACAUUGUAGAAAAGGGCCAAAUUUGUGACAGUGAAAUUAUUCUCUCAACUUGUUUUCAUUCUUCACUAUUAUAGAACAAAACCCAACUACCUUUAGAAACAGCACUGUAUUACUCCAUCACAACGCAACUAACUACACUGAUAUUUUCAAAUAAAAAAUCUAUAAUCUAUUGAUAAUUGUAAAAAGGGCAUUUAAAGGACUAUAUUUUUUAUAUGUAUUUGUAAAACAGCUUUAGAUGUGAUCAAUGCUUUUGUGCAAACUCAUCUCUGAAGCCACUAAUUGUCUGUUGGGUGUUAUAUUUGAUUUCAUUUUUGAGUAUGUGAAAAGAUCACUCAGCUCUGCACUAGAUUGUUAAAUGAUGUCUAUUAGAUUAACACAUGGAUGUGUGUGUGUGAGAGUGAAUAUGUGUGCCCAAUACUAUGCUUGUACAUGAGGUUAUUUCAAAAUGCAUAUUACACUUCUAUUCAACAAACAUAUUUUAUUUAUUCAACGAGAGAUAGACAGUUUGAGAUAUAUGAGGAUAAUAUAUUUGUAUUUAAUUUUUAUUUUAGUAGAACUCACAGGGAGCAGAUAUACUGUAUGUCUUACAGAGAUAUAAGGAAUUUUAUGUGUGGUGAGGUGUGUUCAAUUUUUUCUAGUGUUUCGCAGUAAAGACUGAAAUCAGCUUUAUAAAUGUGAGUGUUUAAUCUGAAAAACUGCUGUCACUUCUGUCCCACGCACUUCCUUUAGAAUAUGUUUCUACAUAUAUAAAUCUGUAUGAUAAUCACACAUGAAGUAACUGGUGAAUGUAUAACUGUUGUUGGUGGGAAACUGUACAAAUCUACUGUAUAUGAUCUAUAAGCCCUUUGCCUUAUUUAACACUGCCAGUGUUUCAGGAAGUAGUGCAAUCUACAGGUGUGAUUCACCCUGCGGAGUGUCAGUGAAUAAACUAUUUGUCUUUGGACUUGCUGUCUUCAUGUGUUUUAAUAGUCAUGAGUCAUGACUGUAUUAUUGUCUUUUUCUGACACUGUAAAGAGUUUUUAGAACAUUAUACUUGUGUAACACCAGCACACCAACAGCAUAUGAGUUAUUGUACAGUAUUGUUGCAAGCCAUGUCAGAGCCAUUCCACUGUUCAUUAAUAAAAAUAAUAUACAGUUGUGCUCAAAAGUUUGCAUACACUUGGAGAAUUGGUAAUAUAUGUACCAUUUUUAAAGAAAACAUGAGUGUGCAGGCAAAACACAUUUCUUUUAUUUCUUAUGGGAUUCAUAUUCAACUGUAGGUUAUAACAGAAUGGCACAAUCAUAAAACAAAACAUGGCUACAAAGAAAAAAAUUAAAUGACCCCUGCAUACCCUUAGUUCUUAAUACUGUGUAUUGCCCCCUUUAGCGUCAAUGACAGCGUGCAGUCUUUUGUAAUAGUUGUCUAUGAAGCCCCAAAUUCUUGCAGGUGGUAUAGCUGCCCAUUCGUCUUGGCAAAAUGAUUCCAGGUCAUGCAAAGUCUUUCGUCAUCUUGCAUGAACCGCACGUUUGAGAUCUCCCCAGAGUGGCUCGAUGAUAUUAAGGUCAGGAGACUGUGAUGGCCACUCCAGAACCUUCACCUUUUUCUGCUGUAACCACUGGAGGGUCAACUUGGCCUUGUGCUCAGGGUCAUUGUCGUGCUGGAGAGUCCAAGAGCAUCCCAUGCGCAGCUUUCGUGCAGAAGAAGGCAAAUUGUCUGCCAGUAUUUUCUGAUAACAUGCUGCAUUCAUUUUGCCAUCAAUUUUCACAAGAUUCCCCGUGCCUUUAGAGCUCACACACCCCCAAAACAUCAGUGAGCCACCACCAUGCUUCAAAGUGGGGAUGGUAUUCUUUUCACUAUAGGCCUUGUUGACCCCUCUCCAAACAUAGCGCUUAUGGUUGUGACCAUAAAGCUCUAUUUUGGUCUCGUCACUCCAAAUGACAGUGUGCCAGAAGCUGUGAGGCGUGUCAAGGUGUUGUCGGGCAUAUUGUAACCGGGCUUUUUUGUGGCAUUGGCGCAGUAAAGGCUUCUUUCUGGCAACUUGACCAUGCAGCUCAUUUUUGUUCCGUCAUAAGUAUCGUCAUAUUGUACUCCUUGAAACAACCACACUGUCUUUUUCCAGAGCAGCCUGUAUUUCUCCUGAGGUUACCUGUGGGUUUUUCUUUGUAUCCCGAACAAUUCUUCUGGCAGUUGUGGCUGAAAUCUUUCUUGGUCUACCUGACGUUGGCUUGGUAUCAAGAGAGCCCCGAAUUUUCCACUUCUUAAUAAGUGAUUGAACAGUACUGACUGGCAUUUUCAAGGCUUUGGAUAUAUUUCUAUAUCCUUUUCCAUCUUUAUAAAAUUCCAUUACCUUGUUACGCAGGUCUUUUGACAGUUCUUUUCUGCUCCCCAUGGCUCAGUAUCUAGCCUGCUCAGUGCAUCCACGUGAGAGCUAACAAACUCAUUGACUAUUUAUACACAGACACUAAUUGCAAUUUAAAAAGCCACAGGUGUGGGAAAUUAACCUUUAAUUGCCAUUUAAACCUGUGUGUGUCACCUUGAGUGUAUGUAACAAGGCCAAACAUUCAAGGGUAUGUAAACUUUUGAUCAGGGCCAUUUGGGUGAUUUCUGUUAUCAUUAUGAUUUAAAAAGGAGCCAAACAACUAUGUGAUAAUAAAUGGCUUCAUAUGAUCACUAUCCUGAAAUAAAAGACAAUUUUUUUGCAAAAUCAGUCAUAUUUUCAAAAUCAAUGCCAAAAUUUCACAAUUUCUGCCAGGGUAUGCAAGCACAACUGUAUCUGGUACCGUACAAUGAGCUAAAGGUACAUUUAUUCCCACCGGUUACUAUGGUGACCAAAAUUCAUUUUAAAAUUUGAACAGUCUAAAACGAGUUCUUGAUGUAUUUUACACAGUCGUCAAUUAUAAAUGAAAGUGCAGACUGUCUUGUUGUCAUAUGAACAUAUAACUUGGGUUGUGCGAAUAGUCUAUAAAAGCAAGCAAGUAAAGCCUUUCAUAAUAAUACACAUACAACUUCCAUAUUUUGUACAUAUAAUGUUUAAAGGUUUGAUUAUUGAUUUAUUAAUUUAAUUGCUCUGGCUCAUUUAAAUCAUGGUCACAGGACAAGUAAACAUUCUCAUUUUUGAAUUGCCGACUGAUUGACUCCCAUUAUAAAAUUGCGUAUUUUAAAGUACUGUUACAAUAAAUGUAAAAAGUAAAAUUAGAAAGAAAUAUGCAAUUAUUCUUGCUUUAUCAUUUCCCUUUUCAACAUAAGUUUUGUGUUCCUUGACACAGUUGCCUUUGGCUUGCUCACUGGGGUACUAAAUACAAUUAUUAUUUAAUUAUUUAUUUUUAUACUCAGUUUAUAAUCAUAUUUAAUCAAACUACAUAAUGAUGAAUCUAAUACUUUAUAGAUAUUACAGUUUCAUUUUCUGCUAAAGUAUGAUUUACUGUAAAGCUGCUUUGAAACGAUGUGUGUUGUAAAAAGCGCUAUACAAAUAAAAAUGACAUGACUUGAA